UGUGAAUGGUUUGACUUAAAAUGGUCAGGGCACAUUUUAUUGCUUUAUCUUUUAAAUAUAAUUAGAAAAUUUUUUGUUGUAGUUACAAGACUUUUUUCUAGACUUUUUUUCUAGUUUUUAUAUACGUACAAAGUAUUUAGAUAAUGUUAAUUUUGGACAAUAAUAUUAAUAAAAUGGAAACAACUGUGGAAACAAAGACACCUACAUCUUGGAUGCCCUUGAGACGAGCCUAUGAUGAACAUUCCUCUUCUCAGUGAGGGAGAGAAGGCCGAUCUGACAUGUUCAGCUCCUUUUCCUUGUCCUAAAAAUCCUCCAAAUAUAACAUGGUGGAUCAGGAAAAGAGACGGAAAAAUCAGUGAUUUAAAGGAAAACAUCACUCUGAGCCCCUCCAAAAACCUUUCCCUCUCAACUUUGACUCUAACUCCAACCUGUGACGAUCACAAUGCCACUAUAGGAUGUGACGUGAGCUACGGAAGCAAAAUCAUCAGUACAAAUAGGACCCUCGAAGUCACGUAUAUAUUCAUGAACCAAGCGUCUGUUGGAUCUGUGACGAUAACCACUGUGACAAAGGAGCAUGCUGGGGUUUACAGCUGUAUGAGGACAUUUCAGAACAAGACCCUGAAUGCAUCCAUCACUUUAAAUAUAAUUUAUAAAGCGGCUAUUCAAGUGCAUGUGGACAUCAAAAUGAUAACAGCAUUUCUGAUGGGAAUGUCAACUUCAGCAGUCAUCUUCUCUGUGGUUUUGUGCAGUCAAGGGUCCUGGAAAAGGGACAAGACAUAUGAAGUGGUGGCCACGAACACAUACACUGAAGUUGUACUGGAAUAUUUUCAAGGAAAAAGUUUAAGGAGAUACUGUAUGAAAGAGUGAGAUUAAUCAUUUGGAUUAAAUGAUUUGAAUUGAUAAUUUAUAGUUUUUUUUUUAUUAUCAUGUUGGAUAUAGAUUUUUCUGAAAUUGUAAAAUAUAAUAUAUUAAGUCACUUCUUCACAAAUUUAGAAACUUAAUUCUGUCUGAGUUUAUCUUUGUUAUUGCUGAAUGAUUUCUCCUUGUUCAGAGAUAUUUUCUUUGACAAAUAAAACAGUGUUAAUUAA